UGCCCUCAGUCGGGCGCAGAGGCCCGCGCGGGAAGGAGGUGGAUGUAUGCUGCUCCGUCGGCGUGGAUCCUUUGAGGGAAUUUGGGGAGUGUGAGUGGGCCUGAGAGGGAAGAGGAAUAAGGAGAAGGCCUGUCAGCGUCAGGUUGUCCUAUCGGCCGCACCAAGGGGAAGACCACCCUCCACACCUUUGGGAAGAAGGAACAUGGGGGACCGCCGAGACGUUGGGGACGUCAACUCCAACCUGAUCAUCACCCACAGCACCGGGGACUCCCAGCUGGACAAGGCGGUCUGGCAGUGGCUCACCUGGGACAAGAAUCCUAAAACCAGAGAGCAGAUUGAAGACUUGUUACGAAAUGGAAGAAAUAAGGAACUCCGGGACCGUCUGUGCCGCAGACUUACGUUUGGGACUGCUGGGCUCCGCUCCGCUAUGGGAGCUGGUUUUUGCCGCAUCAACGAUCUUACUGUGAUCCAGUCCACACAGGGGAUGUACAAAUACCUUGAGAAAUGUUUUUCAGACUUCAAGCAACGAGGUUUUGUCAUUGGAUAUGACACACGAGGCCAGGCGACCAGCAGGUGCAGUAGCCCAAGACUGGCGAAGCUCACGGCAGCCGUCCUGCUUGCGAAGGGCGUCCCUGUCUACUUGUUCUCAAGAUAUGUUCCUACGCCAUUUGUGCCCUAUGCAGUUCAGCAGCUCAGAGCCAUAGCUGGUGUGAUGAUUACUGCUUCCCAUAACCGCAAGGAAGACAAUGGCUACAAGGUAUACUGGGAAAAUGGUGCACAGAUCACAUCUCCACAUGAUAAAGAGAUCCUGAAAUGUAUAGAAGAAUGUGUGGAGCCAUGGGAUGACUCUUGGAAUGAGAAUCUGGUAGAUAGCAGCCCUCUUACUCGAGAUCCGCUGCAGCAAAUAUGUGCAAGCUACAUGGAGGAUCUAAAAAAGAUCUGCUACCACAGGGAGCUGAACACAAAGACCAGCUUGAAAUUUGUUCACACUUCUUUUCACGGGGUCGGGCAUGACUAUGUGCAGUUGGCUUUCCAGGCCUUUGGCUUCCAGCCUCCCAUUCCAGUCCCUGAACAAAAAGACCCAGAUCCAGACUUUUCCACAGUCAAGUGUCCAAACCCUGAGGAAGGGGAAUCUGUGCUGGAAUUGUCUUUGCGGCUUGCGGAGAAAGAAGGUGCCAGGGUGGUGGUGGCGACCGAUCCCGAUGCAGAUAGGCUAGCUGUGGCAGAACUCCAGGAGAAUGGCCGCUGGAAAGUCUUUACUGGCAAUGAACUGGCAGCUUUGUUUGGUUGGUGGAUGUUUACCUGUUGGAAAGAGAACUGCUCUAAAGAUGCUGAUGUCAAGAAUGUUUACAUGUUGGCAACUACUGUCUCCUCAAAGAUCCUGAAGACCAUUGCCCGCAAAGAAGGAUUUCACUUUGAAGAUACACUCCCUGGCUUCAAAUGGAUUGGUGGCAGAGUUAAAGACCUCUUGGACAGUGGCAAAGAAGUCCUCUUUGCCUUUGAAGAGUCUAUUGGCUUCAUGUGUGGCAAUUCUGUGUUGGACAAAGAUGGUGUAAGUGCAGCUGUGGUGAUAGCUGAAAUGGCUGCCUAUCUUGAUACCAAGAGCCAAAUGCUGGCACACCAACUAAUGGACAUAUAUAAAAUAUAUGGCCAUCACAUUUCAAGAACUUCCUAUUUCCUGUGUUAUGAUCCUCCCACUAUCAAAAGGAUAUUUGAAAGGCUUCGGAACUAUGAUUCUCCUAAUUCCUACCCAGCGUCUUGUGGCACUUACAGUAUAUUGGAUGUCCGGGAUGUCACCACUGGGUAUGACAGCAGCCAACCGAAUAAGAAGUCGGUGCUGCCUGUGAGUAAAAACAGCCAGAUGAUCACCUUCACCUUUCAGAAUGGCUGUGUCGCUACCCUUCGAACAAGUGGAACUGAACCAAAGAUCAAAUAUUAUGCAGAGAUGUGUGCGCCACCUGAACAGAGCGACACAGUCUUCCUGGAAGAGGACCUGCAGAAACUCAUUGAUGCUCUGAUUGAGAAUUUUCUGGAGCCCAGUAAAAAUGGACUGAUCUGGCGGUCGCUGUAGCCCUCUCCCCCAUUGGCUGAAACAGAGGUCACUCCAUGCACUGUGUCACGUGGAACAAAUGAACCAAGACAAUAACUCCUGUUUGCAUUAAUUUAAUAUAUAUGUGUGCGUGUGCGUGCGUGCGUGUAUGUAUUCCCUAGCCAGCAUUCAUAAUGUGGAAGCAGUAUUGUUUUGUCAACCUUCUGUCCAAAGUAGUGAGACAGCUUUGGGGCAAGUUGUUGGGGGUUCCUCCAGAUUUGCAUACAGAACACAAAAAUAUUAUGGCAAAUUUUGGAAACUUUGCCAAGAAUUGAUCAAUGGCCUCAAAACAAGAACCACUUCUCUGUGGGCUUCAUCUUGCAUUUGCCUAACGUCGGGUCUCUAUAUUCAGCCCUUGGCAGCUGAAAAACCAUUUCAGGUUGGAUAAGGAUUAUUGUAUUGGCCUGACAAAAGGUUCUGCUUCCUUGUAGCUGUUUUGAAUGUUGGUAUCUUUACUGUAUUGUUGAGUCUUAAUUUUACCAGUCUGUUUAAUAGAAUUCGGUAGUUAGGAUUUUCUAGUUUAGUCCAAGUUGUUUUGUAGUCUUGAAAAAAAGUUCCAGCUAUUUAAAUCUCUUUCUCUUCUGAAAGGUGCUUUUUGUGCAUUGAAUUCUUAUCUGUCUGUAUACUUAUACUGAAGUUUACUCAGCAGUCAAAAAAGGAGUGGCAAGAUGUGUAAAUUGAGGUUUGACUCAUCUCAGGGCCAAAACCAGGAUGGUGCCCUAUCUCACCUUAGUUUUGGCUCUCAGGAUUGCCUGCCGGUUAGGCUUCUUGGCAACAAGGAAACAAAUUCAGAUUUAAAGGGAUACCACAAACGCCAGGGUGGCUGAAUGUGGUUGUGCCAAUUUUGCCUUCACUUGCCUCAGUGAAAUACCCCAAGAGACUCCAGCUCUUAGACAAUUACGAACAGUUAGUUCCAUUGUUCUGGAUUGAAUCUGGAGAAAGAACCUCCCACAUCUGUUUGCAGAUGGUUCCAGAUCUCUUUCUCUAACAGUAGUCAAAAUUCUGGAGUCACAAAAAGAAUAAUAUGUACUGUUAAAUUGUUUUGUUUUUUUAAAAAAGUGGAAUUGAAUCAGUACAUUCUUUAAAAGUCUAUUCCAACAAGAUGGUCUCUUAGCUUUAUCCAGCACCAGACAUUAAUAAGUGUGUGGCUUGCAAAGUUUUACAUGCCUUGAGCAGCUCUAAAUAGAGAUCCCAGAACAGAGUGAGAGUCUUUGAAAGGUCAUGGCUGGGCUAAGAGCUUCCAGAAGCGGAGAAUCUUCGGACUGCAAUUCUUACGAACUCUGUGUUGACGAUGCUUUCUUUAUCAGUUAAUACAGUGAUUCCCAAAUGCUGGUCUUCCAAGUGUUUUGGACUUUGGUUUCCAGAAUCCCAGACCACUGGCCAAGAUGACUGAGGCUUCUGGGAGUUGAAGCCCAACAUUCCUGGGGGACCAGAUUUUGGGAAUCUUUUGAGUUAACAGAAAGUGUCACAGUUGAGGGCCAGCCACAUUUGAGUGACUUAACACUCAACAGCUGAAGCUGCCAGGAUGGAAAGGGGAGAAAAGAGUUAAAUGCAGUUCAGGAAUGGAGUCUGAAGUGUGAGGCAAGAAUAGCCCAGGCAACAGCUUUUCCACCUCAGAACAGGGCACAGAUCUCUUUGUUUCAGUUGACCAAGGCAGUCUUUACAAAAAGGGAAUCCUCCAGCUCCAGACCACUUCACUUCCAAAGUGCUCUUUCAACUCCAAAGAUUUCUUUCUGGCCAAGAUCCUUCAGAGCAGGUAGAGAGUGAAAGCAUCCCAGUUUACCUUUGCCACUGGUUGUUUUGACUUCAUCCUCCUGUUGUUCCCUUACACCCCUUUUUUGUGUUGGCUAUAACAAGGUAGUGUUGGUGACUAACAUACCGAUGACCCAGCUAGUUCACAGGAGCAAGAAAGUCCGUGGCAGCCAUGUGGCAACCUUGUCUGGAUUGCUGUGAACAAGUGGCAUGCUCGGAUGCUACUCUUCCCAAUGCCCCCAAAAAGGAGGACAAACCAGACAUGGAAAGUUUCCUCUGAUGACAGCCCUUUGGCUCUUGCUUUGUUUCCAAACAAGCCAAUGAGAAACCUUGUGACUUACAGGUCCAGCAUGUUGUGUGGGAUCUGAAAAACUUGAGCCUGGGCUCCUGGACAUCCCUGAGGCACUUUGCAUUUCUGGCAGGCUUUGUCCAUUGGGCUGGAGCUGCAGGAUGGUGCAAACAAGUUGCCUGCACCAGCAUGCUUCUCUUUCACAUGAAACCAGGCUGCACCUGUGAUUCUAGUCAGUGUGCAAAUGUAGGCAGUUUCUUGCACACCUAGCUGGGGAUAUGGUGGUGAAAUAGGGGUGAAUUAAUGCCAGGUGGAGCCCUGGCUCUGUGGUAUUAAUAAUAAAGUACUUCUUUCUGAAUGUUUGUGGAGGGCAGGGAAUUGCUUCUCUUGCACAAGACUUCUGGAGCACCUUUUCACUAGGAACUUGCUCUCGAAACUUUAGUAGGAUGCGUGCAAGGGUUAUUCCUGAUGGAUUUUGUCCUGGAUUUACAUGCUAUAUUUAUUUAUAUAUAUAUAUAUAUUGGUUUUUUCCUGUUUAAAGCUAAAUGCCUUCCAGAUUGUGCAUAUAUUUGAGUGAGAUUUAUUGUAUACCUAUACUUU